AUGAAGAAACAGUUUCUGUCUUAUAACUAUGUGCGGACCAUGUACCAACAACUGCAGAAUCUGCGUCAAGGUGAGAAAACGGUUAGUGAUUAUACCACGAAUUUUUAUAUGUUGGUUACAAGGAACGAGAUGAUGGAGACGGAGGAGCAGUUGGUGUCACGAUACGUGGGUGGUCUUUGUCCCCAAAUACAGGAUACUCUCAAUAUUUUUGAUCCUGUGACAGUUUCUGAAGCACAUCAGAGGGCAAUACAGAUAGAGAAGCAACAAUCCAGGAAAACUAUUAGUCCUUUCAUUGCAGGGAGUUCUUCUAGCCAUAGGCAGUCUGAGUGCCCCAAAAAUCCACGUAGGGGACUCUUUGUUGAUGAGGGGAAUGACGAUUAUGAAGGUCCGCCUGUAUUUGACGGUGAAGGCGUAGAAGAAGCAACAGAAGAGGAAGAGUUUGUGGUUGGUGAUGUGGGUCAGGCACUGGUGGUGAGGAGGAGUUUCCUGACUCCCUUGGAGAAUAACACUGAUUGGUUGCGUAACAAUAUCUUUCAAUCGACAUGUACUGUUGGAAGGAAGGUAUGUAAAUUUGUUAUUGAUUCUGGUAGUUGCGAGAAUGUGGUGGUUGAGGAGGUCGUUAAGAAGUUGGGUUUGCAGACUGAGAAACAUCCCAAACCGUACAAAUUAGCCUGGCUGAAGAAGGGCAACGAUGUAGAAGUGUCUCAACGUGCUCGAAUCAGCUUCUCAAUUGGACCUACCUACAAGGAUCAGGUUUUAUGUGAUGUAGUGGAGAUGGAUGCGUGUCAUUUACUGUUAGGGAGGUUGUGGCCGUUUGAGAGGCACUCACUGCAUGAUGGAUAUACUAACACGUACAGCUUUCUGUUUGGGGAAAAGAAAAUUGUGUUAAUACUGAAUAAGGGUUUAAUACAAACAGUUGGGAACAACGCCGACUUACUGACCAAAAAGAAGUUCGAGACAGAGAUGGAGGAGUCUGGGGUAGUGUAUGUGCUGGAGUUUCAUGAAGUUUUUCCAGAAGAGCUUCCAGAUGGAUUACCACCACUGCGGGAUAUUCAGCAUCAGAUUGACUUGGUGCCUGGUGCUGCCCUGCCUAUCCGAGCGCAUUACAGAAUGAGCCCCACUGAGCAUGAGGAGUUGCGUAGGCAAAUUGAGGAGCUUCUAGCAAAAGGACACAUCGGGGAGAGUCUUAGUCCUUGUGCUGUUCUUGCUCUUCUCACGCCGAAGAAGGAUGAUGAUUUGUUGGACCAGCUUACCGGUGCUUGUGUGUUUAGCAAGCUUGAUUUGAAGAGUAGGUACCAUCAGAUUCGGAUCAGACAUGGGGAUGAGUGGAAAAUCGCAAUUAAGACGAGGGAAGGAUUGUACGAGUGGUUAAUCAUGCCCUUCGGCCUCUCAAAUGCACCCAGUACGUUCAUGCGGCACCUUCAGGAAGUUCUUUCAAUUCUUCACAGGGAUAAAUUCUAUGCUGCAGUGAAGAAGUGUUCAUUUCUUACUGAUAGUGUGGUGUUCCUGGGUUAUGUGGUGUCAAAGGCGGGGUUAGCAGUUGAUACAUCUAAAGUAGAGGCAAUAAGUCAGUGGCCAUAG